GGCCAUUCGCUGUUUGAGUGCUGGCUCCGGGCGGCUGUUAAGCGUAACGGACGCUGGUCUCCGACAGCAUGAUGGCUGCGUUAGCGGCCGGAGGUUACGCGCGGAGUGACACGAUAGAAAAGCUGUCCUCUGUCAUGGCGGGAGUUCCGGCGCGGAGAAACCAGUCCUCCCCUCCUCCUGCCCCACCGCUCUGCCUCCGGCGGCGGACGCGACUCGCGGCGGCUCCCGAGGACACUGUGCAGAACCGGGUAACACUUGAGAAGGUGCUUGGUAUCACAGCUCAGAACAGCAGCGGGCUAACCUGUGACCCUAGCACAGGCCAUGUGGCCUACUUAGCAGGUUGUGUGGUGGUGGUCUUGAACCCCAAGGAGAACAAGCAGCAACAUAUAUUUAAUACUACCAGGAAGUCCCUGAGUGCUCUGGCCUUCUCCCCGGAUGGGAAGUACAUAGUGACAGGAGAGAAUGGGCACCGGCCAGCUGUGCGCAUCUGGGAUGUGGAGGAGAAGACUCAGGUGGCGGAGAUGCUGGGCCACAAGUACGGUGUGGCCUGUGUGGCCUUCUCCCCCAAUAUGAAGCAUAUCGUGUCCAUGGGCUACCAGCAUGACAUGGUCCUCAACGUGUGGGACUGGAAGAAAGACAUUGUGGUGGCUUCCAACAAGGUGUCGUGUAGAGUCAUCGCCCUCUCCUUCUCUGAGGACAGCAGCUAUUUUGUCACUGUUGGGAACCGGCAUGUGAGGUUUUGGUUCUUGGAAGCCUCUACUGAGGCCAAGGUGACCAGCACAGUGCCCCUGGUAGGGCGCUCGGGCAUCCUGGGUGAACUCCACAACAAUAUCUUUUGUGGUGUGGCCUGCGGCCGGGGCCGGAUGGCAGGCAAUACCUUCUGUGUGUCCUACUCUGGCCUCCUCUGCCAGUUCAAUGAGAAGAGGGUGCUGGACAAGUGGAUCAACCUGAAGGUCUCCUUGUCUUCCUGCCUGUGUGUCAGUGACGAGUUGAUCUUCUGCGGAUGCACAGACGGGAUAGUCCGCAUCUUCCAGGCCCACAGCCUACUCUACCUCACCAACCUGCCCAAACCGCACUACCUGGGAGUAGACGUGGCCCAGGGACUGGACUCCAGCUUCCUCUUCCACAGAAAAGCAGAAGCAGUCUACCCAGAUACAGUGGCCCUGACCUUUGACCCCAUCCACCAGUGGCUAUCCUGUGUUUACAAAGACCACAGUAUCUACAUCUGGGAUGUCAAGGACAUUAAUGAAGUCACUAAGAUAUGGUCAGAGCUCUUCCACAGCUCCUUUGUCUGGAAUGUAGAGGUGUAUCCUGAAUUUGAAGACCACAGAGCUUGCCUGCCAUCCGGGACUUUUCUGACUUGUUCCUCAGACAAUACCAUCCGCUUCUGGAAUAUGGAUAGCGGCUCUAACACUCAAUGGAGGAAAAACAUCUUCAGCGAUUCUCUGCUGAAGGUGGUCUAUGUGGAGAAUGACGUCCAACAUCUGCAGGACAUGUCUCACUUCCCAGACCGAGGCAGUGAGAACGGGACUCCCAUGGAUAUGAAGGCUGGGGUUCGAGUCAUGCAGGUCAGUCCUGAUGGCCAACACUUGGCUUCAGGCGACCGCAGUGGAAAUCUGAGGAUCCACGAGCUGCACUUCAUGGAUGAGCUGAUCAAGGUGGAGGCCCACGACGCCGAGGUGCUGUGCCUGGAGUACUCCAAGCCUGAGACAGGAGUGACUUUGCUGGCUUCAGCCAGUCGGGAUCGUCUCAUUCACGUGUUAAAUGUGGAGAAGAACUACAACCUGGAGCAGACCCUGGACGACCACUCCUCCUCCAUCACUGCCAUUAAGUUUGCUGGCACCAGAGAUGUCCAGAUGAUCAGUUGUGGAGCUGACAAGAGCAUCUACUUUCGCAGUGCCCAGCAGAGCUCGGACGGGCUGCACUUUGUCCGCACCCACCACGUAGCAGAGAAGACCACGUUGUAUGACAUGGACAUUGACAUCACACAGAAGUAUGUGGCAGUGGCCUGCCAGGACCGCAAUGUAAGGGUCUACAAUACAGUGAGUGGGAAACAGAAGAAGUGCUACAAGGGUUCCCAGGGUGACGAAGGCUCCCUGCUGAAGGUCCACGUGGACCCCUCAGGCACCUUCCUGGCCACAAGCUGCUCUGACAAAAGCAUCUCCUUGAUUGACUUUUACUCGGGCGACUGUGUUGCCAAGAUGUUUGGCCAUUCAGAAAUUGUCACUGGCAUGAAGUUCACCUAUGACUGCCGCCACUUGAUCACAGUGUCCGGAGACAGCUGUGUGUUCAUCUGGCACCUGGGCCCGGAGAUCACCUCCUGCAUGAAGCAGCACUUGCUGGAGAUCAACCACCAGGAGCAACAGCAGCAGCCUAAGGACCAGAAGUGGAGUGGCCCUCCCAGCCAGGAGACAUAUGCAUCCAUACCAAGUGAGAUCCGUUCCCUGAGCCCUGGAGAGCAGACGGAGGAUGAGAUGGAGGAGGAAUGUGAACCAGAAGAGUUGCUGAAAACACCAUCCAAAGAGAGUUUGGACCCAGAUCCUCAGUGCCUGCUGACCAAUGGCAAGCUGCCCCUCUGGGCAAAGCGGCUGCUAGGGGAUGAUGAUGUGACAGACAGCUCAGCUUUCCAUGCCAAGCGCAGCUACCAGCCACACGGCCGCUGGGCAGAGCGAGCUGAGCAGGAACCCCUCAAGACCAUCCUGGAUGCCUGGACCCUGGAUUCCUACCUUACACCCAUGAAGCCUGAAAAUCUAGACGACUCUAUGCUGGACUCAGUAGAGCUAAGUGAGUGCUCACUAGGUAACGGACACACGUCUCAGGGAGAAGGCUUGGUGAGCUACCUGUGUCACUCAGAGUCAGGGAAUCCCAAAGAGGACAGCCGAGGACGCCCCUCCUACCUGCCUCUACAGAGGGAAGCCACUGAGACAAGAGAACUCAUCCUCUGCUCCCCAGAGGUGGAAGUGACAGUUACAGGGAUACACAGGGAGUAUUGUGAGGAGGAGGCAGAGGCAGGACCUGAAGACCAGCAAGGCGACUCCUACCUCAGGGUCUCCUCCUCCGUCAGUUCAAAGGAUCAGAGUCCCCCUGAGGACUCAGGGGAGUCAGAGGCUGAACUGGAGUGCAGCUUUGCCGCCCCCCAUGUCUCAACUCCUCGCACAGACCCUGGCCCUCACCUCACCAUGACAGGUAAGCCAGAGCACUCGAGUCCAGAAGAGCUCUCCCAGCCUGAGGUGCCAGGCUUGGGCAAUGGCUCCUUACCCCAGACGCCUGAGCAAGAGAAGUUCCUCCGCCACCAUUUUGAGACACUUACUGAUGCCCCUACUGAAGAGCUCUUUCAUGGAUCACUGGGAGACAUAAAGAUCUCAGAAACUGAGGACUAUUUCUUCAAUCCCCGGCUGAGCAUCUCCACCCAGUUCCUUUCCCGCCUCCAGAAGACCUCCAGGUUCCCUCCCCGGCUGCCCCUGCACCUUAUAAAGUCUCCAGAGGUUCAGCCUAUGGGCCAAGGGGGCAACCAGCACAAAGCAGGGCCCCUGAGAGCAGGUACUGGCUACAUGUCCUCAGAUGGGACCAACGUCCUCUCUGGGCAGAAGGCUGAAGAGACUCCAGAGGCCUUGAGUCUACCAGACAGGAAGCCUUUAGUCCCCACAUCUGCACUGACCACAGGCCGGGAGCAGAGUGUCUCCACCCCAUCGACGUGUUCUUACCUGGAGUCCACAAUGAACUCACAUGCCAAGAUAACACGCAGCAUCUCUCUUGGGGCCAGUGAGGGCCCUGUGACAGCUGAGCCACCCAGGUCACUUCCUAAGCCCCUGUCCCCCAGCCAGGACCUCCAGGCCAUCCCCACCACAGUGGUCCUCACUUCUAGCAUCAGAGACCCUGAGCCUGCACUGCCUUCCUGGGGCAACCAUGAGGCCCGAGCCAGCCUGAAACUGACCUUAUCCAGUGUCUGUGAGCAGCUUCUCUCUCCACCCGCACUGGAACCACCCACCACACAUGUGUGGUCUCAGGAACCUGUGGAUGUCCCACCUAGUAUGGCAGUCACAGUAGCCAGCUUCUGUGCACCCAGCCCUGUAGAUAUGAGCACCCUGGGACUCCACAGUUCUGUGUUUCUCCCAAAGACCUCAGCCUCUGGGCCCCUCACCCCUCCUGCUCACCUCAACAGCCUCCAACUUCUAGAGGCCAGGUCUAGGAUGCCUGGCAGCACUGCUGCUCUCCUGGAGCCUACCCCUGAUGUAUCUGGUGUGAUCCCAGAUAGCCCUGGACACUGUGGCGAGCCUGGGCCACGAGCUGAAGUCCCUCCCCCAGCACUCGUUGACCUAGACAGUGUGGGGUCAGUCUUGCACAGGCUGCAGACUGCCUUCCAAGAAGCCCUUGACCUUUACCACACGUUGGUCUCCAGCAACCAGCGGGGUGCUGAGCAGCAGCAGGCACAGACCGAGCUGGCCUCCACCUUUGACUGGAUCCACAACCAGCUGGAAGCCAGCAGCUGUAUGGCCGCAGCUAACCUGGCCCCACCCCAGACACUGCCUAGCCCAGGUCCUCCGUCCCCACCUAUACUUUGUCCCUUGGCCAGCCCAAACCUGCAGGCCCUGCUGGAACACUACUCAGAGCUGCUGGUGCAGGCAGUGAAGAGGAAGGCAAGGGGUGACUGAGAGCCUGCAGCCCCUCUACCAAAGCCCUGCUGCCCUGGAGAAAUAGAUUUGUAAGCAAAUAAACUGAAAUUGUUUCCUGGAA